UCCUUUUUCUCUGUCUUCUGUCCUUGAACUCCCAAUAUUCAUAUGUCAGCAUGCUUGCUGGUGUCUUAUAGGUCUUUUAGGGUCUGCUUAUUUAUUUUUCACUCUUUUCUCUUUCUGAUCCUCAGACUGGAUGAUUUCAUGUGAUCUAUAUUCAAGUUUGCUGAUUCUUUCUUCUGCUUGCUUUACUCUGAUCUUGAACCCCUCUCAUAAAUUGAUCACUUUGAUUCCUGUGCUUUCCAGCUUUAUCAUUUCUGUUUGGUUUCUUUUUAAACUCUCAUCAUUCUUUAGACAUUCUCUAUUUGUUGAGAUAUUGCUUCCUGCAUCCCUUUAGCUCUUUGAGUAUAUUUCUUUAAAGGCAGUUGAGUUAAAAUCUUUGUCUAGAAACUCCAAAGUCUGCACUUAACUGAGGGACAGUUUCUGUUCAUUUCUUUCUUCCCUUGAAUCACCAAUACAUCUUUGUUUCUUUGCAUUCCUGAACCUUUUUGCUAAAAACCAGAUAUUUUGAAUAUUGUGGUAUUGUAACUCUGGAAAUUAAAAUUUCCUCUUUCUCUGGGAUUUGUCAUUGUUAUUUUCUGUGGGUAUAUGUGCAUGAAGAAUAGGGAUCCACACAUAUCCCUGGGGACAAAGCUUAUCACAUGCAAAACCAUCUAUGUGCUGUGCAUUCCCUCUGCCCACACUCCUUGGUGAGUGUUGGCCUAGGGAGAUGAAGCAUGAAGGUAGAGCAAUUACUUCAUAUUUGUCCCUGGGGAUCAGCCUGGAAAAUCCUACUCCUGGGACCCAGAACCUAGAAAUACUUUUGUGACAGCGUGCACAAGGCUCAUCCCACCUCCACUGCUGUAGUCUAGGUUGCUGCUCUCUGGCUGGCCCAACAUACCCAACAGCCCUGGGGCCUCUGAUUUAUCAUUUGCUAUGGCUAAGAAGAGCCUGCAUGCCUAAAUCAAGGUCCUGUGACACCAAAAGGGAGAACACAGGUGCAGGGAAUUUUAUCUCUGAUGGUGAAUUCUGUCUGAGCUAGAUAAAUGAGGUGAGUGCUCCAAAAAAAAAAGGCAGUUAUGUUUUUCCCUCUGAGAUCCACAAAAGAUCCCAGGUGGAGCCCCUGCCUCCUGUUUCUGCCAGUCCUAAAAUGGGCAGUAGAAACUACUCCCUUAGAGAGAGUCCCCUAUGUCUGCCUCCUGCAGAGGAAGAGUUUAAGUAAAGGUAGCCUUGAUUCAGGGUGUUUAAGGGCACCAGAAAUAGCUUCAGGCCCCCCAUGCUGUAUUUACUACCUUCUUUGUGAUAUUAUGCAAGUGACUUAAUUUCACUGAAUUUCAAAAACUCAUUUGUGAAGUAUAUGUAAUAAAAUGUAUGGGUUUUCAAUUAGAUGCCACAUUGUGUAGUGCUUACAGUUCAAAGUGUCAACUCUUACUGCUUGCAAAUUAGAUGGGCUUAGGACAUGGAAGCUGGGGUAUUUGGGUCUUAGUGAACAUGUAGCAUUGACGGAAGUAUCCUGAAACUCAUCUUUCCACCUUUCUUUUGCAUUUUAAUCUCUCUGCCUGCUUGCCCUCCUUUCUUGGGUGGAUUGAGGAGUAAGGAAUGAUGUGCAGACCUUGGAGGGAAGGCCCAGGAACUUGGAGUAAAGACAUAUGUGAAUUGGGUGAGGGCAUUUCUUUUAGAGAAGGAUAGAAGCACCAACUUUUUUUUUUUUUUUAACACUUUUUGACCUAUCUCUUCUCUUCCUCCAGGAAGAGUAGUGGCAUGGACAGAAUCAACCAGUCCAGUGUCACUGAGUUUCUUCUGUUGGGUCUUUCCGAGAGGCCAGAGCAGCAGCCUCUCCUAUUUGGCAUCUUCAUGGGCAUGUACCUGGUCACUGUCAUGGGAAACCUUCUCAUCAUCCUGGCCAUUGGCUUUGACUCACACCUCCACACCCCCAUGUAUUUCUUCCUGGCCAACCUCUCUUUUGCUGAUGCCUGCUUUUCUUCCACUACAGUCCCCAAGAUGUUGGUGAACAUCCAGACACAUAGUCACACCAUACCGUAUGAAGGGUGUUUGGCCCAGAUGCAUUUCUUCAUGAUGUUUGGAGCACUGGAUGACUUCCUCUUGGGGGUGAUGGCCUAUGACCGCUAUGUGGCCAUCUGCAGGCCUCUUCACUACUCCAAGCUCAUGAGUCCUCUUGUCUGUGUGGUCCUUCUGGCAGCAUGCUGGGUCCUCACCAACCUUGCUGCCCUCCUACAUACCUUGCUUAUGGCUAGACUCUCUUUCUGUGCAGGCAACAGCAUCCAUCACUUCUUCUGUGAUGUGGUCCCUCUGCUGCAGCUGUCAUGCUCAGACACCAGCACAAACCAGGUAGUCCUGUUCACUGUGGGCUCCAUGAUACUCACUGGUCCUCUCUCCCUGAUCAUUUUGUCAUAUGCAUACAUCAUGUCCACCAUCCUUGGAGUCUCAUCUGCCCCUGGCAGGCAGAAGGCCUUCUCCACUUGUGGCUCCCAUCUCACCAUUGUCUUCUUGUUUUAUGGCACAGCUAUUGGUGUCUAUCUGUUUCCCCCUUCAUCACACUCUGGGGUUAAGGAAAGGAUUGCAGCUGUAUUUUACACUGUUGUGACUCCUAUGUUGAACCCCUUCAUAUACAGCCUCAGGAACAAUGAUAUGAAGACUGCACUCAGUAAGAUUUUUGGAACUCAUACAUUCUCUUCUCAGGGAAUUUGAUCCUAUAUCCAUAUUUUGAAGUUACGCCCUGGAGAACCCAUGUGUUUAUGAAGAAAUAUCAUCCCUUAUCAUAUUUGCUUAGGUUUUAAAAAAAUGACCCAGAAUCAUUCUCUUAAGCUUUAGAUCUAACAAUGUAUGUGGUUGGUGUAUUUCAUAAAGAACUUGUCCUGUCCUAUAAAUGUGAAUAUUUCCCUGGUGUUUGUGUAGGGUGAUGCUAAGCCACACAGGGGCAAGGUCAAUUAGAACUUCUUUUGUUUGCUGUAAUUCUAAGGUGUGAAUCUUUUUUUAACCUACAAUUCAACCAAAUUCAUUAAUCUCCCAUUUGCCAGAUACUCUGUGGGGGAGAGGAGGUACUGAUUCCAUGCCUUUAUGGAAUUCAUUUUAGAGAAUUCCAUAUGGUAUGUAGUUGCACAUAUAUGCAAUUAACUGUAACACAGGUCCAGUCAUCAUGAUUUCUCCAUAAAGCUUAAUAUCUAUUUUAUUCCAUGUUCUUAACUCUCUAAAUGUAUUAUGCCAUUUAGUUCUCCAAUUGUAAUGAUCUUGGGUUAAAUACUAUAAUUGUCACCUUUUACAGAUUGAGACUAUAGAUAGUAAGUGGGGAAAGAAGGAUUGAAAUUUAUUUCUAGUCUGACUCUGGAGUCCAAACUGUUGCAUGCUUUUGUAUCCUGAUUUCAAUGCUAAUGGUUGUGGCAAGAAACAUGGUCACAUUAAGCUAGAAUGUAUAUGUUGAUACCUACCAUGUGCCAGGUACUGUGCUAUGCACUAUUGGUAAAAUGUAAAAAUAAAUAAGAUAUUGUCCAUAUUGUCUAUACAUGGUAGAGUCAUGUGUUCAAGUUAGUGUUAAUCAAAUCAGAUGGUGAUAGCUGCCAUGACAAAUGUUGGACCACAGAAGGAAGAAAAAUAAUCUGCACAACGGUGGUCAGGUAGUUUUACCCAUCAUAUGACAUUUUAUUGAGCCUUAAUGUGUGAGCUCACUUGAACUGGUGGAGAAAGAAAAGUGAAGAUUCUACAGGGACAGGCUAUUUAGAAUAGAGGUCAUGCAAGUUGUGGGAACCAAGCCAGCCCAACCUUGGUAAUGUUUCGUAGUGGUAUCUCUAAAUAUGGGUCUUGACUUUUCUUUCCCAGUUCUGUUUCCAUAACAUCUCUUGCUCACUUCUACUCUUUGUAGCUUUCUGUAAUUGUCAGUGCUUUUGAAUUCUAGCUGCAAAUUAGUAUUUCCUGGAGCUUUAGAACUCUCUAGAGAAGGGACCCUCAUAUUUUUUUAUAAAAACAAAACAACACGACACAAAACAAAACAAAACAAAACAGUUGAUCCUAGUGCAACCGAAUUUGCGAAUACCAUUGUGGAACAUCCUUCAUGGCAGCAAAAGGACAGAUAAAAUAAGGUAUAAAAAUACUUAGUUCAUUAUUUACCCUAUCAAGGUAAAAAUCAUUGAGGUAUCGAGCAUAUUGACAGCAGCAAGAAGUUCCUGAAUACUUAUCCCUGGUUGAAUCCUUGUAUACCUUACUCAUUUUUUUUAUUCUUUGCUGUAAUUUGCUACCUUUCCUAAUGUUUAGUUUACUUUGACACAUGAUUUUCAAUUAUACUAACAAUAUUAUCUGAGUAAGGGAUUCAUCACUUCCAAAGAGGCUGUUUAUAUUCUUAUCUUUGGCUUCUACUCUUGUGCAAAAAUGAUAAGCAAGUGGAUGCUGUGCCCACUGGAUUUUUCCUUGCCUCCCUUCCUUAGAGUCACUCCUGGGUGGGGUUGUCUAUGACAGUGUACAUUCCAGGCAGUAUACAUCCAUCCAUUUUCAGCUCAUUACAAUGUAUCAUGAUUUUGUCCAUGAACCAGUUUCAAGUGUUUUCCACCCCAGUGACUAAUGAUGUGUGUGGAGUGAAAAGAAACUGAAAAAAAGGUGGAGAACAUGGGGAUCUGUGCUGACCAUCUCUGUUUGCUUGUGCUUUCUGGACCUGCUUGCCCCUAAUCCCAAAUAGAGCAUUUCCCGUGUAUGAUGGCUUGCUGCUGGACCCUUGCACCCUGUCUUAAGUCUUAAAACUGGGUGAGGGACUAUGAUUCUUUAUUGUAAAAGCUACCAUCAGUGUCUACAUAGUUUUAUUUAUUUAUUUAUUUAUUUAUUUAUUUAUUUAUUUAUUUAUAAUUUAAGCAAUACCCUCUUUGGCUUCCCCUCUACUUCAGCCCUAAAAACAGAGCCAUUUAUUAGCUACUUCAACAAAUCCCUAUAGGAGAUCUGGCCUUGCCAUGGAUUUUGAUAUUUGGUAUUUUCAUUCAUAUUACUUCUUAUGGUUAAGUGCUGCCACCUGGACCUGUUGAUACCAGGGAGCCAAGCUCCAUGUUAGCAUUUUCUAUUCAUUCUGUCCCAAGAGAAAGAGCCCCCAAUCAACUUCUCAGUGAUUCUGUUGUCCUCCUCACUAGUGUGUUCUUUCUUGCUUUAGUGAAAGGAGUAUCUCCUGUCCUGUCUUGGGCACAUAGUUGCCUGGUGUGUUCUCUGGUCUUAUAAAUACAUUCUAACAUGGCCAUAUCUUUGGGAUUUGGACCUCUCCCUCAGUACUUUAACAAGGUGUACUAGCAUCUACAUUCCAUUUGCUGUAAGUGCCAUCAUGUCCAAGCCUAUCAAUGAUCCCAACAGCCUGUGAGAACUUGUUCCAGAUGUUCCUGUCUCCUGGGUCAUAGGAGAGUCCUCAUGCGUUGUGCACUUUGAGCCCACCCAGGAAAAUGUUUCAUAACUUUCUUGUCCAGCCAUUUGUAUCCCUCCACUUAUGAGUGGUAUGUGUUGCUAAAUCCUACUCCCCUUUUGAUGAAUCAAGUAAAUGUUCCUAUAACCGGGACUGUUAUUUCAUGUUAGGGCUGUGCUGAAAUCUGUUCCAAGUUAUUAGUCUAGAGAAAAUGAGGGAGGCAGACAUUCUAAAGAAAGCAACUUCCAUCUUGUAUAUCAUCUUCCUCAAGCAGAGCUUUAUCAAUUACCAAGUGCUGCGUAACAAAGGCUCCCCAGACUUAGUGUUUAGAGCAACAACAAUUUACUUUGUUUACAUUUCUUUGGGUUAACACUUCAGAUUUGGCUCAGCUGGGUAAUACUUUUAGUGGUUUUGGGUAGGCUCACUUAAUGUGUCUGUAGUCAGCAGCCCAUCAAGUGGGCGAGGCAACUUCAGGAGAUUGGCAGCUAGUCGUAGUGAGUGAAUUUCUGGUACAGGAAAAAUAGCCUCCAGCUUUAAAAAGAUAUUGGAGAUAUGUCUCAGUAAUAAGGCUAUCUCAUGGCUCUGGACCACCUUCUCCUUAAAUGAGGUAUGCUCCUGCAAUUCUCUGCUACUACCCAUGCAUUCUAGUGAUGCCAACUAGGGUUUCAAUACCAGCAGCAAAUCCCUGACUUUUCCUGCUACCUGAAGUCUAGCCAGAUAUUGAUGUCACCAUCCUUCUUGCCUUCUAGUGUUUGAAGAUCAGUUGAAUCAUAAGCAUACACUGACCAAUGAACUAAUGGCCAGGGACCAUUUUAGGUGGCAGUACCCAGUCUGCAUACAUUGUAAAGUUGACUACAUCAGGAAAUGAUUGGACAUCCCAAGAUUGGGAACAUUACAUCCCCAUCUCAACUCACCUACAGAGCUAUAGCUUCUCAUUUUCCUUUCUUUACAUAAAUUUAUGCCUUUCUGUAUUCUGUUCCUCCUGCCUUGAAAAACUUCUCUUUUCUGUUUUGCAAUGACAUACCCAUACUUUAAGACCCAUCACAAAUGUUACGUCCUCAGUGAAGUCCUCUAGAUUCACCUAUCCAAAGGGAGAAGAGAAAAUUGCAUUUGAGCUGUGUUUUAAGCAGAACUUGAAGAUGGUAGCAUAUGUGUCAAGCACUGUGCUAAGCAGUUUACAUGUGUUAUCUUUUUAAUUUCUCGCAAGAGCCUUAGAUGAUAGUUACUAUAGUUACUAUUACUACUCACUUGUUUAUGUUUGGAAACUGAGACAGAGGGGCGUUGGUAACAUACAAGCAGUGAAUAGUGGAACUGAUACAUAAACCAGGUAUUUCUGAUUCUAGUGUAAGUCUUAUUUUCACUUAAAAUUAUUUUAAAAAUAUGAAUUUGUCAGGGGGAUCUCAGAAUUCCAAUUAUGCAUGGAAGAAAUGGAUGGAGUGCAUUGAAGUUUCCAAAAUUUCUCCUGUGGAUUAUUGAAAAAUCUUUAUCCCCUUGUGAGGAUAAAUCCUUAGCAGCAUCCCUAAGGGAGAUACAAUAAUAAAACUGAUAUAUUUUAAAAUAGAUCUGAACAUAGAUUGUUGGCACUGUGCAGAAGAAUAAUGGCCCCAUAAAAGAAACUCGGUGACAGCCACACAUAAUGUGGUCCAAGUACCCUUCUCUCUGAUCACGUGGCUUUAUUCAUAGAUUAUUUCAGAAUAUCUAACUAGAGACUUAUGCUCCAGCAGGGAGUGUGCUCCCUUGGCGAAGUAUCAGGAUCUCUGAGAGUGUUCAUUCUUCCAUCCUAGUUUCUGAUUUGCCUUGCCCCAACCUCAAGUCAUUUGCUAGUAUAGAGAGACGUUGUUGAUUGGAACUGUGUAUGUGAAUGAUGUGAGGGAAGCAAGAAAAGAAAGCAAACUAAUAAUUGAGAGAAAUAUGUGGAUUUCAUGUCCAUUUAGCCAUCAUGUAACCAUUAAGGUAUGCAUUUUGGAAUCAGAUAUCUGGGUUCAAAUUCUGGCUCUGCCAUAUAUUAGCUGUGUAACUUCAGAUAAGUAAUUUAACUUAACCCCCCCCCCCCCACACACACACUGUUUUUGAGCCUUUGUUUUCUCUUCUGUAUAAUGCAAAUAUUUACCUCAAGGGAAUAUGUUGAAUAUUAUUAAAAGUAAUAAAAAUCUAAGCAUAAGACCCAGAAUGAGAAAAUUUACAUAUUUUUUCUCCUAAUUCUUCCAGAAACACUGCAUGAUAGAGAAUAUAUUUUAAAUUAUUUUUUAUUUUAGUGUAGUUAACAUGAUAGAGAAUAUUUAAUUACC